GAGGUUCACUAGAACUAUGACUGUACAAAAGACAUCCAAUCAGCCAAGAGAGACGGAGACAGAGAGUGAGAAAAGGGAAGCCCAAACCUCUUGUUGCAGUUGACCAUCUGUCUGAGAAAGGAAAAGAAGAACUGCUGUGCACAGUGUUUAUUUGAAGGUCAUGUUGCCGCAGUGUGAGAGAGCACGGAGUAUAAGUGGACGUCCAGAAGGGCCGUAUCGGGCAGUAGAAAGCGCAGAUGCUCUCGUUACACAGGACUUUGAAGGCGUGGACACGCUGGACAAACUUUUUGUACAUGCUGUGAAGAGAUUUAGUAAGGCACCCUGUCUGGGCACCAGAGAGGUCCUUAGUGAAGAAGAAGAAAAACAACCCAAUGGGAAGAUCUUUAAGAAGUUGGUCCUGGGGGACUACAGCUGGAUGACCUAUGAAGAGGUCAGUCAAGCAGUGGAAUCUUUUGGCAGUGGUCUGGCAGCUUUGGGCCAGUGUAAUACCAUUGCCAUCUUUUGUGAGACACGGGCAGAAUGGAUGAUCACAGCACAGGCCUGCUUCAGACGCAACUUCCCAUUGGUAACGCUGUAUGCAACUCUGGGUGAAGAUGCUGUAGCUUAUGGGCUGAAUCAGUGUGGAGCCACUCAUCUCAUUACAAGCACAGAACUGCUGCGGACCAAACUGAAGAACGUUUUGAGUGCAGUGCAGUCAGGGUUGCAGCAUGUUAUCUAUGCAGGCAGUGGUGAAGUAUGUCAUGCUGAUUACCCACAGUCUCUCGACAUGCACAGCAUGCAGGAAGUAAUGGAGCUUGGGGCAAAGCCAGAGAACUUAAGCAAAGAGUAUGAGAAGCCGACUGCAUCUGAUCUCGCAGUGGUGAUGUACACCAGUGGGUCUACAGGGAAGCCUAAAGGAGUGAAGAUGCAACACAGUAAUCUGAUUGCAGGAAUGGCUGGGCAGUGCCAGCGGAUCCCGGGCCUGGGGUCCCAGGACACUUAUAUAGCUUAUCUCCCUCUGGCUCAUGUGCUGGAGCUGACAGCAGAAAUAUCCUGUGUGUCAUAUGGCUGCAGGCUCGGAUACUCAUCCCCACACACACUCACGGACCAGUCCAGUAAAAUAAAGAUCGGUGGUAAGGGAGAUUGCUCUGUGCUUAAACCCACCCUGAUAGCGGCAGUACCGGAGAUCAUGGAUCGUAUCUGCAAGAACGUUAAUGGGAAGUUGAGAGAGAUGUCAGUGGUUCAGAGGACUCUGUUUAAAGUGGGAUACAACUAUAAGCUGCAGAAGGUGUCACAAGGAGCCGAUUCUGCGGUGUGUAACAUGUUGUUUUUCAAGCGUGUGAAUUUGCUGCUGGGAGGGUGUGUACGUCUGAUGUUGAGCGGAGGGGCUCCACUGUCUGCUUCCACACAGAGAUUUAUGAAUGUGUGUUUCUGCCCUGUCGCUGUGGGUUACGGCCUUACAGAGACGUGUGGAGCGGGAACUAUCUCAGAAUUUUCUGAUUACAGUACAGGACGAGUUGGAGCUCCUCUCAUUUGCUCUGAAAUAAAACUGCGAGACUGGCCUGAGGGUGGAUACACCAGUCAGGACAAGCCACACCCACGAGGAGAGAUUCUGGUUGGUGGACCGAAUGUUGCCAUGGGAUACUUUGGGAGUGAGGGGGAGGGAGAAAAUGACAACUUCUGGGUGGAUGAGGCAGGGCAGCGCUGGUUUUGUACUGGAGAUGUCGGGCAAGUUCAUCCAGACGGUUGUUUGCAGAUUGUGGAUCGUAAGAAGGACCUGGUAAAGCUGCAGGCAGGUGAAUAUGUGUCUUUGGGGAAGGUAGAAUCUGCCCUGAAAAACAGCCCCCUCAUUGAUAACAUCUGCGUCUAUGCCAGCAGUGAUCAGAACUACUUGAUCAGCUUUGUGGUGCCCAAUCAGAAGCAAAUGAUCGAGCUGGCAAAAAAGAACGGGAUAGAGGGCGAGUGGGAGGAGCUUUGUAACCACACCAAGAUGGAGGAGGAAGUAGUAAAAGUCAUCAAAGAAAUUGCAGUCACAAGUAAACUGGAAAGGUUUGAGGUUCCACAGAAGAUCUGUUUAAGUUCUGAGGCUUGGACUCCAGAAACAGGGCUGGUGACGGAUGCCUUCAAACUAAAGAGAAAAGAGCUGAAAAAUCAUUAUAUAAAGGACAUUGAGAGGUUAUAUGGGGCUAAAUGAUGGACAUGCAACAUUUAUCUAGGCUGAUUCCCAGUUGGUGUACUAUGCUUUGUAGAUUACUAUCCCCCUAAUCAUAGUAUUGCAUCAAAAUGCAGUUUUAUUAUGAUCCUGUCUUACUCCAUACACUAGACAUUAAUAAAAGUCUUCCAAUUGGGAUUCAUCCAUAUAUAAAGUCACUGCCAAUCCUGCUGUUCUCAGUAGAAACACCAUUCUUCCCCCUGCUGGAUGUAAAUGGUCAUUACUUCCUCUGUGAGUAAGUACUGUGAGGAAUAGAUUUAUAUAAUGGCAGUAAAAGAUGUAUGCAUUGCUGUUUUAUAUAUAUAUAUAUAUAUAUAUAUAUUACUUAUAAAGGUGCCUUGAAGCAUAUCUAUGUCAAAUAUUUUUUAAAUGUUCAAAAUUUGCCACUUUUACUUGAAAGCGUUUUUGGGAUGCAAUUGGUAAAUAUCAAAUUUUUAGUUGCUUGGCGUUUUUGUUUGUUUGCUUAAUUGUUUGUUAGAGUCCAUUAAAGAAAAGCUUAUGCAGUUUUGUUUAGUGUGAGUCACCCAGCUGAUUUCUGAUGGCAAGAGUGUUAACGGUCACUUACGAUCAGCAGAAAUAAAGCUGGGAACUGUGUAAACUACAGAAUAUAAUGUGGGAUGACUUUAAGUUUACAUAUGUAUGGGAAAUUAUUUUUAUGUAUACCAUUGACAUGAAAGGGAAGAAUUUUUUAUGAUGUUUGUACAUUUGUAUCUUUGGUUGCUCAGGUGCGCAUACACAGAUGAAUGGGUUAAAGGCAAUACAUAAUGUGUAAAGUGCAUUGGAGAUGAAACUGGGAAGUUAUAUUUUUCCUGUUAUGCAAUAUAUUAUACUGCAUAGUUUAAUUUUUAAAAACUAUAUCACCAUUCCUCAGCAUAAACUGUUUUCAUCAUACAUUUCAACAUACAUUUAUUAUUUGCAUAAACAAACCAAACAUCCUGUAAUUGUUUUUCUGGUUUUUUUUUUUGUUUUGUUAUGUCUGUGCUUCGUUUUAGUUGUUUGAGAUAUUUCAAAUGUUUUAUACGUUUUUUACUUGUAUUUAAGCUCUAUACCUGUGAACUGUUACAUUUUUUUCUGACUGGGCUUUAUUCUGAUACCACUCAUUUUCUAUAUAAACAAAUCCUUUUUCCUUC